AUGGCUGGACGAAAACGAUCACAUUGUUUUUGUGUUACUAUUAAUCAUGCCGAUUGGAGUAAAUCGUGUUUAGGUGAAUAUUUAACUGCUGGUAAUUUGGUUAAACGUUUAGCUAUAGGUGAAGAAAAAUAUUCACCACCGUUGGAUCCUGAUACGGGAUCAGUUGAUGAUACAGUCGCUGUUGGACGUCAUCAUCAUUGUUUUAUUGACUUUGUCGAUAAUUAUUUUUUGGUGGAAGUUCAAGAUAUUAUUAAUUUAUUUCUCGGUGGUGAUCCUUAUUCGUUGGAUAUACAGUUGUCCAAAGAAGAUCGUUCACCUUAUUUAUUUAACGUUCGUGUUAGUGAAUUAUCGUUAUAUGCACGGUGUUGGUAUCAUGCCCGGACCAAGUAUCGUACAAUACGUGACAUCGACAAGGUUGAUGAAUUUAUCUGUUCACUCGGGCAGAAUGCAAGAUUUGCCGUGGGGUUAAUCGAACAGCAUGUUAAGGAGCUUCGAACCGAGGAAGCUCUUCGACGACGGGUAUUUGAACCCAACCUUAAUUGCAAGGUCACGCGGGAUAUAUUAGGUGUUUUAAAUGAUGGUUUAUCUCAUUUAUAUUUGGUAGGUGCUCCCGGUUGUGGUAAGACAGAGGUGGUAGAUUGGUUUUUGAAGGGAAAAACCUAUUGGAAAGCGGGUGAAUCUAGUGGUUUCGUAUUUGGAACACUCGGUGAUAAUGUAGAAUUCAUAUGGUUCGAGGAUUUCGAUAUGUUUAAGUACGAAGGUCACUUAAACACAUUGUUAUCUUUAAUGGAUCAUAAAGAAACUACCGUAUCUAAGAAGUGUUGUGAUGAUAGAACAAUAGUUUCACCAGCUAGGCAUGUGUAUAUCUCUAAUAAUGCGGUGCCUGGUGAUUAUCCAAUGUUUAAACGUCGUGUUUCUGUUAUAGAUGUAAAUUACAAGAUGCACGAAUGUGCAGGGUGUGGUGAUAUUACUGCUGGUUUACAAGGUUUAACUGAUGCUGAAGUACUUAAUAGUGUAUCCCGAGUGAAUACAACUACCCAAACAAAAGAAUAUCUAAAUUGUAAUUCGGAUUUCGGCCUUGACAAUGAUAUGUGA